GCCCUCCCAAAGAAGAGAGGAAAAGAAGAGAGGUUGUGAGAUUCAGCUAUGGCGAAAGAAGGUCCCGCUGUGGGGAUUGAUCUGGGCACGACGUAUUCUUGCGUCGGUGUGUGGCAGCACGAUCGGGUGGAGAUCAUCGCCAAUGAUCAAGGAAACAGGACGACGCCAUCGUAUGUGGCCUUCACCGACACGGAGCGGCUGAUUGGCGAUGCCGCCAAGAACCAGGUCGCGAUGAAUCCCGUCAACACUGUCUUCGAUGCGAAGCGUUUGAUCGGCAGGCGAUUCUCGGACUCUUCGGUCCAAAGCGACAUGAAGUUGUGGCCAUUCAAGGUCACUGCUGGUGCCGCCGAGAAGCCGAUGAUCACGGUCACC